AUGGCCACCGAACUUUGCCCCGUCUACGCGCCCUUCUUUGGUGCCAUGGGCUGCACCUGCGCCAUCGUCUUCACCUGCUUGGGUGCCUCAUACGGUACUGCCAAGUCUGGUGUUGGUAUUGCCGCCAUGGGUGUCCUCCGCCCUGACCUCAUCGUCAAGAACAUUGUCCCUGUUAUUAUGGCUGGUAUCAUUGGUAUUUACGGCCUCGUCGUUUCCGUCCUGAUCUCCGAUGGUCUCAAGCAGGAUCUCCCUCUCUACACUGGCUUCAUUCAGUUUGGUGCUGGUCUCUCUGUCGGUCUCGCUGGUCUCGCUGCUGGUUUUGCCAUCGGUAUUGUUGGUGAUGCUGGUGUCCGAGGAACUGCCCAACAGCCCCGUCUCUUCGUCGGAAUGAUUCUGAUUCUUAUUUUUGCCGAAGUCUUGGGUCUGUACGGUCUCAUUGUUGCUCUGUUGAUGAACUCCAAGGCCAGCCAGGAUGCUGUCUGCGCAUAG